AUGAAACGCACGGCAAGUGUAUUUUUGAGCUGCGAUCGGCUCUUGCUGGCAGUGUGUGUAUCGACCAAAUCGGACUGGAACUCGACGCUGGUCUCAACUGGCCCCGUCUCUGCCAACCAAUGGACCCACGUGGCGAUCGUAUGCGACAAUGUGACGCUGCGGCUGUACAUCCAGGGCAAAGAAGACCGAACGCUGUCGCUGAACGACGUGGUAACAACCAUCCGUUCUGUUUCGUCCCCGCCCGGUGUGAAAAAAGCCUCCACCGACUACAAGGGGUUCCGCGGGUAUUUACAGCACAUGCUGCUGUAUCCCACCACGCGCGCAUGGAUGGCCAAGGACGUUGCCAAGUACGUUAAGGAACGAAAGCCAAGUGUGGACUCGACCGACUUGUCCUGUGCCCGUCCCCCCCUCAGCAACCCAGUCACCCCAUCGCACAUGGACUCGCCUGACGUCGUCACGUACUUUUCCCCGUCCUCUGACGAGUUUCACAUGCAAGUGACGGUCUGGAUGGGUGGUGGUAGCUGCUCGUCCCCCCCACGGGGACGCAUGCAGGUCCUCGCCGCGUGUGCGUCCCCCUCUGGCGGCGUUUUUGCAUUCGUGUGGGGUCACCUAUCUAUACGAACGAAAGACCGCCACGGCACACAUUUGGACGCGGCGACGUCCGGCCUCGUCGACUUGUACGUGGGCAAUGUGCCGUAUGAGGUUCCGUUGAUGGCGCCGUGGGCAGGGGACAUUGCCGAGACGACCCACUAUACGUUUUCAGAAAGCCAACGGAACUUGGCGUUUGACGUGUCAUCUACUGGCCCAAACAACCUGCAUGGACGUGUGUUGCACGACAGUGGCUGGAGAACAGAGCCCCCUCUCGUCAACCAACUUGCACAACCACGAACCCCCCCCUUGCAGGUCGACACGGACGCCCCCAGCAUCAGUGGCCGUAUCUUGGCGUUUAUGGAACGGAUGGCUGUGGUGUACUUGCGAUCAUCUUGUUGCAAGAUACUUGUUGGCUGUCCUCGAACAAGGGUUGUGGUAUCGUCUGGUGCUGUGUGGACCCACGUGCUGACGUUUGUGCUGCUGCACUCGCUGCUCCGCCACGCCGCGUUUGAAAAAGACGUGGACACCCAGGGCGGUCAGCCCAUCGUCGCGUUGCUUCGAAUUCUGCGCGCCAACUUUCAACCGCUGUCGUCUGUGCUGUCGACAGAUGUGGCGGUUCCGUGUUUGGCGUGCCCCCCGCGUCUGUCGGCCUCGGCAUGUCGUCUUCGUUGGCGCAGUGAUUGCACGCGGUGCUGA